GGAGGAGAAUAUGGCUGUAGUUGUACCUCCGACUCUAACCUGCGCGAUGGGCGUUGUUGCAGUCUUAACCUGCGCACUCAGCACUCUCUCUUUAGCUCUCCAUGACACCUCACAAGACCUAAUCAUACACCAAGUCACAGACAAUCACCACUUUCUGCCGGGGACCGAGAGAAACUUCCAGAUGUUCAUCGAACAAUACGGGAAGAAGUAUUCUACCCGAAAGGAGUACAUGCACCGCCUUGGGAUUUUCGCCAAGAACAUGAUCAGGGCAGCCGAGCACCAAGUCCUCGAUCCGACGGCUGUCCACGGAGUCACGCCCUUUUCCGACCUGUCUGAAGAAGAGUUCGAGCGGAUGUACACCGGUAUGAUAGGUGUACCCCAACACGGCGGUAUUUCUAAUAGUGCUCCACCGGUUAUGGACGUUGGUGAUUUACCUGAGAAUUUUGAUUGGAGAGACAGGGGAGCUGUUACGGAGGUCAAGAUGCAGGGUGGUUGCGGGUCAUGCUGGGCCUUUAGCACUACAGGAUCAAUUGAAGGGGCUCACUAUAUUGCAACAGGGAAGCUUCUUAAUCUCAGUGAACAACAGCUUGUGGACUGCGAUAGCACAUGCGAUCCAAAAGAGAAGGAUGCAUGCGACAGUGGUUGCGGCGGUGGCCUUAUGACAAAUGCCUACAAGUAUCUAAUUGAAUCAGGAGGGUUGGAAGAGGAGAAUGCAUACCCUUACACUGGGAAACGGGGUGAAUGUAAAUUCGACCAGGACAAGGUUGCAGUAAGAGUUGCCAAUUUUACCACUAUCCCAGUUGAUGAGGACCAAAUUGCAGCGAAUUUAGUCCACCAUGGUCCUCUUGCUAUCGGGUUGAAUGCUAUGUUCAUGCAAACUUACAUUGGCGGUGUUUCGUGCCCCCUUAUAUGUUUCAAGAAAUGGGUGAACCAUGGUGUCUUACUUGUGGGGUAUGGUGCCAAGGGCUACUCCAUUCUCAGGCUUCGCAACAAGCCAUAUUGGAUAAUCAAGAACUCAUGGGGGGAGCGAUGGGGGGAACAAGGUUACUACCGUCUGUGCCGAGGCCAUGCCAUGUGCGGCAUGAACUCAAUGGUGUCUGCGGUUGUGACUAGUACGCGACCAUCGUAGCCGCGAGGCUGAAAUUCCCACCUCCUGUUCCAUAUGCUCAUGUUUUAAGUUUCCUGAAUUGUUAACGAUCUUAUGUGGGCGUGAAUCUCUCCAGCAUUUUCGUUGGCGAGCUAGUUACGUUUUUACUUUUAGUUUCAAUAUGAUAUUUAAUAAAUAUAACUGAAAAUAUGACUUUAACCCCUCAAAU